GGAAUUCCGGCGCCGUAAAGUAGGUUCGCCCAUCUCAAGUUAUUUUUUUUUCUUGGCCAACCCCGGGCUCUCAAAACACAAACUGUCCCGCCCGUUUGUCCAAGGAGCUUACAAGUAUCCCUGGGCCAAAAACCAAUGCUGCUAUUCCAAAAACAAACCGAUACUUGGCCCCUUCUGACCGUGAUGGACCAUAAGCUCCUGGGACACGUGGCUCCGUCGCGAGCGAACCUCUGGCUUUCUGCGCCGAUGUUUUACUUUUCCGUCUUUCUUUUUUCUCUCUCGUCUUUCCCCACCCUCUGUCGUAUUCCCACACACCCACCCCCCUGCCAGUCUAUGAUUCCAGCACAAAAAAAAAAUUGGAAAAAGAAAAAAAAGAACUACACCUUGAGUUGGAAUGUUCUCCCGCGCUAUCUACGGUCAGUAGAUUGUUUGAUUCGGUCGCAUGCAGAAUUUGGAAGAGCAGGGCCCAGGCCUGAACCGAGCCCCAGUAAGCCGAACAAUAGACUCUUGAGGUGGGAAAAAAGAUGCCCAACAGCCGCUUCUGGCUUCUUCUUUCAGGCUGGAGUCUGGAGAUCGGGAAGCAUAAUGUCGCCGCCCGAACCCCCUUCCCCCUCCCCAAAACAAGCGUUGUGCAAAUCAGAGCUGAGGGAAAUCCGAAAAAAAAAAAAAAAAAAAAAAAAACCUUUUAUCUGUUUGCACAGUCUCAAUAACGAACCACUC